UCGUUUGGUUCGCUGUGCUGUUGCCACCGCCCAUCGAGUACAACCACAACAACAUCGCCGAAGACGAGGGCCAACGAACCAAUAAAUUUAAAUAAUAUCCCAUCACAACAAAGAAUAAACAACAGCUCAACGAGAAAAACAAAAACGAAAAUCGCAAUCGAAACAGCAAACUCGGUGGACAAACAAAUGCGCCGGCUAAAAAAGUGUCAGAAUUUGUGAAAAUUAAUAUUUCACCAGAGAUUUGAGUGCUGCCAAAACAAACACAAAAAACAAACACUGCAAACAGGACAAACUUUUCGUUUCGCCAAACUUUUAUUUCGUACACACGUUUUUGGGCCCAACGCGAUUUGCUCGCGAAAAUUAUGAAAAAUAUGUGAGAAGUGUGCAAAAUCCACAAAAUACUCGAGAAGGGAACCGAAGCAUAGGUCAAGCCCUAUCCUCCAGUGCGGGAUAUAUAUUCUGGUCGCUCCAGAAAUCCCCGGACAUUGCUCUUACAGAAAAACCCACCCAGCUUUCUCCGCCCGUCGACCAUCUAGUGUGCCAUGUGUGUGUGCGGAAGAAAAAGCAUUCGAGUGGAGUGUGUGUGAGGAGUCGUGUAACGUGCUAAAAUAAGUUAAUUUAUUGCUGGCAGAACAACAAUCACAACACACAAAGACAACAACUGCCGGCAGCCAUAACAUUUGCCGUUCUCUCCAGUUUCGUUUACCCAAAGCUGAGAACCAUCUACAAAACUCAAAAAUAGGCCAAAUUCAAUUGACAUUUAUUGGCCAAUAUAUAUUUAUAAGGCCCAAACGGAAGCCAAGCAAGAUCUCGAGAGGAAAAAUAACAAAACGGGAGGAUACAACCACCCGAAAAAAUAGUAAAAAUAUCUAUUUCAAUGCCGACGACGACAAUUCCAGGGACGACAGCCCGUUACAUGCAAAUGGCGAAAAAGUGGAGAGCGGGGAAGGAGUGCGGAUCCCAAAGUGGGCGUGGCUGCAUCUGCUGGAUGUCCCUGAUGCUGCUUCUUAUUCUGGUGCCGGAUUUUAUUGUGGCACUCAAGGAUGUGUCGGUAAUGAUACCACAGGCGGUGAAACGUGGCAGCAACGCCCUGUUCACGUGUAAUUACGAUAUGGAAAACGAUACUCUAUAUUCGGUGAAAUGGUAUAAGGGCAAGCGUGAGUUUUAUCGCUACACGCCCAAGGAGAAUCCGGCGAUGAAGGUCUUUGCCAUGACAAGUGGCCUCAAUGUGGAGCGCAACCUUUCGAAUCAGAGCCACGUCGUUCUGCAGUCGGUGCCGCUGAAUAUUUCGGGGAAAUUUACAUGCGAAAUAUCCGUGGAGGCGCCCACUUUCCAAACGGCCAUGGUGUCCGGCGAAAUGGAGGUGGUUGAGCUGCCGGAAGAGCACACUGUGGUUACCGGGAUACAGGCACGUUAUCGCAUCGGCGAUUUGGUCGACGGCAAUUGCUCAAUUAAAUACUCGAAACCGGCUGCUAAUUUGACAUGGACUAUUAAUGGUAUUGUGGUGCCGCCGCACCACAUAAAGACGUAUCAGAUUGAAAAGCGGGAGAACAGCACCCUGGAAUCGGUAACGAGUGCCAUACAUUUCAUGGUCACCAAUCAGCAUUUUCUCAAGAGCCAGAUGAGGCUGAAGUGCACCGCCAAUAUCUUCGACAUCUUCAAGGAGGAAAUGGAGAGUGUCAUCGAGGAGGACCGACCCAGGAUAAUGGCCUCGGGCAGAUCGUAUGACAUUAACAACUAUCCCCUCGAGGAGCAAACGAAUGGGGAACGAGGCGGCUAUGAGGAUCACAACGAGUCCUACUUGACAUACUACUCAGCGGAUAACACGGCAUCGGGAGCCUCGACAGCUGCACACGAAAUCUUCUGGCGAUUCUGGCCAUUUCAGCUGGCAAAGCUCCCCAUCAACAGGCAGCUGGCGUGGGCGUGGCACUGGAUCUGUGGGGGCGGUGGUGGAACUGCUGCUCUUCUUCUUCUGCUUCUCGGGCCACUGGCCCAUCAAAUUAUCAGCUGUCAAUACACAAAGGCCGCGAAAGGGAAGGUGCAACAGCAACAUUGCAGCAGCAACAUCGAUGCGACGGCUCCAAAAGCGGUAACAUCCGCAUGGGGCGUCAAAUGCUUUUAUAAUUGUCAAAUGGCUAUGGCGAUGCCAACUCUGAGUCGCGAUGAUGAUGAUGAUGACUACGGCGAUGGUGAUGCGAAAAUUGGCAGCACAAAUGCAACUGCAACUGCAACAGCAACAACAACUGCUGAUGUUGCAGAUGUGGCGGCUGGAGGAGUUGCGAGCAGCGUUAAGCGGCUGUCAGCGACACUUGCGGGGGGCGUUCGAGGUGAAGGGGGCGUGGCCAGUUGGACGGAUCAACGAUUAUUGAUGACUCGACGACGGGAAAGGCGGGCGAAGGAAUCGCAGACGAUGGAUGCGAUGAUGCAGUCACAUUGCAGCGCGUGCUGAUGCCGCAUUGAUGAUGAAAUCCAUUUUCGAAAGUAGCUUAAGGUGCUCGCCACCGUGCAGAAAAAACGGCCCUUUUUCUUUUCCACCCGAAUAGUUGAAGGGCAUAAUUAAUAAACAUUCGCACCCGUAUUGAUUGAAUGAGCCAGCUGCAUAAAUCGAUCUGGCCGUAGCUCUUAAGUGUUAUAUUCAUAAGAUGAGCUGGAAGGUGGAGAAAUGCGGAGUAAAAAAGUAUACCCUGCAAGUAGAUAUGGAACCGAUGAAUAAUCCAACAGGAAAUAAAUUAAUGUUAAGCUGGGGAAAAUAUAACGUAUGGUGAAACCAAUAAUAAAGCGAAUACCCUGUACGUUGCAAACACAAAACAAUGUUCUCACAUUUUCCUUUAUAUUCUUUAUUCUUGGGUGCUUAAAUUAUUUUAGUUUCCUUAUACGAAAGUUCUUAAAGCUAAAUUAACUAAGUCCCAAAAACUUACUGACAAUAAACAGUUUUUGAAUUUAAAAUCACUGAACUUUACUUUUUCUUAUUUAAGCAAACCGAAGAUAAAUUAAAGACCCCAAAAAACACGUAGUAAAACAGAAAACCUCAAUGAUAGAAACAUCAUUAAUCGCUGAAAGAAGACACACAAAAAGCACCGUUAAUUUGGGGAUUUGCGUACAGGGUAAAAAAAACGUGUGCUCAGUCGCUAAAACACAAAGCGUUCAUUAAAUAUUUGUCCUGAAAUUAAAACUCCCUGUGUUUUACAUCAAGCAUUCUACAUAUUCGCAAAAAAAAAAAAAACAAGCAAGAAAAAAAGGAAAUGUGCACAGUGUACAGCAAGCUGAACUUUAGACUGCACUUGAGCUUAGCUUUCGGGUAUUGUAGUGCAUUUUAAAGUGGGUUUUGAAAGCUUAAACAUUGUAAACAACUCAAGCUAAAGCAACAAAAUUAAUAAUGAUUUGUCUUCUCUUUGGGAUAAUGUCAAUGUGUAAAUAUAAAGUUUGAAACAAAUGUUAUAAUAGCCAUUAAUUAACAUCCACUGUACAGAAAGGAACUUUUUACGGUUGUGGAAAUGAAUAGCAAAAUUAAUUAUUGAAGCAGUCUUUUAUUUGUAGAAAGACACGAAAUCAAAAAAGAAGGGAAUCUUUAAUUUCAACUUUUGUUUUGGCAAUAUUACAACUUGAAGAAACAAACGAUCAUUUAAAAAUUUUUGGCCAACAAAAAUCCAGCGGUAAAUAGUUCCUUUACCUUGAAAAUAAAUCAAUGUAGUGCAAUGGGUAAUCUAAACUUCAAACAACCUAAACGAAAAUGUAAAUUUAAAACAAAAUAAAUGUUUUGGAAAUCAAUAUGGUACAUGUUAAAUAAUACAUUAAAUUAAAAAAUAAAUUUUUAAAGUUUCAAUAAAUAUGUAAAUAAAAAGAGAAGAACAUAAAUAUGUGUAAAUGUUAAAAACAAGUACAUAAUAAAAAAUAAUAUACCUAUAAUAACCUAAUGCAUGCGCCAAGAUUUCUGUAAUCAAAUCGUGUUGUGAAAGUUGUCUUCCCUAAUUUAUGCUCAUUAAAAAAAUUCGAUGGAUUGUUAAUUUGACUUUUAAUUUUAAUAUGGUUUCAAUCGUAGCCAUAAAAUUAUAAACAGGAGAUAUAUAAGAAUGUAAAAUAUUUGUUUAGUGUAUAUACAAAUAGACAUUAACAAUUUUGACGUUACUGAACAAAUAUUACAAAUAUUAACCAUGAAAGAGAUAUAAAUAUAGGAUAAAAAACAGUAAAUGUUUCUAGUUGCUAGGGACGAAGAUAAGUCUUAGAUUUAUAAAGAGAAUCAAAAAGAGAAGCAAGUGCAUUUUGCAUUAAAUAUAAUAUAUUCAUAUCCCCAAUAAAUAACCAAAAAUGUGUAAAGCCAGAAUAAAUGUAAUAAUAAGCUCUAAGAAAACCAAAUAGUGAUGUAAAAAACGCAGCAAGGAAAUAAAGUAACCCCUAUUCAAUAAAA